UAAGAACAUUGUCAGAUCUAUCAGUUAUUCAGAUUCAGAUAGCAUUUUGCUUCAGGGGCAAAAGUAGGAUUGAAAAGAGAAGGGAUGUGUUUGUUGACGUUCAUUUAGAAAAAAGUCUUCAUAAAUUCGUUUUAUUAGAUUAAAAUAACAACUCGUCAAUCAAAACAAUACGCUAUUCAGAAAACUUGAAAAAAAGUUGUAGUGGAAGUUAAAGUCAUUUUGUAAUGACAGAUCAUAUUAAAAAUUUAGAAUAUGAAUGUUUACAGAAUUUACGAGCAUAAAUAAAAUUUAAUCCAUUCGAUUAUAAAACCCCUUCUUUCUAAAUGUAUAUUCCGCAUUAAAUAAAAAAUUCCAUAUGAUUUCAAUUUAAAUAUCCUUUUACAAUCAACUCCAAAACUGGAGUACAACUUCGACUGAGUUGUUAUGAAUUUUCGUUUUGACGGGCGGAAAAUUGCUUUCCCGCAUGUGUAUUCGGUCCUAUGUUUUGACGUUUAAUUGAGUAUUUAAUCCGAAAUUCGAAUGUACUGUACUCGUGUUCAAAGCUUGAAUUGAUGCUCAUUCGUUUAGAACCUUUUCACAAUGACAGUUUGUCGCUUCUUCCUUCAAGGAACCUGCCGUUUCGGUGACAGAUGCCGUUUCGAACACCCAGAUCCUUCAAAUCAAAACAGGAAUUCACAAGGCUAUGGUUACGGACGUACAGGUCAAACAUCGUAUAGUGAAAAUAGACCAUCUCGCUAUACUGACUAUUCAUAUUCUUCUAAUUAUAACACUUAUGAUAAACCUGCUUCAAAUUAUCGGUAUGAUUCACCCAAUCGCUUUAGUAACGAUUCUGCUUACAGAUCUGAUAGAAAUCAAUACAAAGAUCAUCGCUACAGCAACGAGUCUACGAAUAGACCUGAUAGAAAUCAGUAUAACUACAAUCGCUACGGUAAUGAUAAUUACUACUACUCAGAAGUAGAUUUUGAAUCUGAGCCAAACAAUGCUCAUGAAAAAUUUAACAGAGGUAAUACGCAUCAAAAAAUCGCCAAUGAACAGCGAUACUCUUCAAAUGACAGUUAUUCUGAUAACACAUAUGGACAAAAUCGCUUCCGUUGGCUGUCUGCUGAUUAUAAACAAAAGUCACAAUUCAAUAAGAGUGCACAAUCUGAUUACCAAACAAGUACUCCAAAAGCCGCAAGCUCCUUCAGCUUCAAAGUUCCUGAGUCUGAGAUCAAAACAUAUCAAAAUGUUGCUCCUACAUUCAGCAAGAAAAUAGAUGAAAAUGACCAGAUAUUUGCUGAAUUGGUUAAAGAAGAUGCUACAGCAUGGGAAUUAGGUGAACAAUGGCCAUUUACUUGUUAUUACCCUGAUCCAAGUAAAACUGCUUUCCCAGGCUUCAGUGAUAUUUCGGCCGAAGAGCUCAGAUUUGAAGCUUACAAAGCAAAAGAAAAUAAUUCUUACAGUGCUUAUGUUGAAAUCGUGAAUAGUGCUCUUCUUGAUGUUAAACAGAAAAGAGAUCAACUGAAAGUACUUACACCAGAAUUGUUGUCCAUUUUAGCAAGGAUAAGGAAAGGAGAAGACUUGAGUAAGGAGUCUACUUUUGCUGAACCACUCUCUCUUUUCCAAAAUGAGACGGAAACUAUGAUAUCAGAAUCAGUUUCAGACACAGCUUCCAACUUCAGUUUCAAGCUUCCUACAAACGAUUCUGCUAUUAAAACAUCAGCUGCUUCAUUCAGUUUCAGAUUGCCCUCUCAAGCCGGCUCUAAACCAACUAGGACAACGUCUUCUUCGCUGCCAGUUACAGAGACAGAGAAUUAUACCCCUCUGGAGCAGUUAACUGAGUCGGAAAAAGAGCAAUUCUUAGCCUCAACUUUCACAUUGGGGAAAAUUCCUACAAAGCCACCUCCAAGUGCUUUGUGUUUCUGAGUUUGUUUUUUUAUGAGCAGUGUAGAAUAUAUUAUAAAGUCAUAAUAUUUAAAAUUGUAAAUAAAGAAAAUAG